AUGGCAACACCAGUCGUCGCCGUCGGCACGGCGCCCACGGUGCAUACUCUGCCCGGCACGGCAAAUAUUGUCCCUGCCCAAUUCCCAGCCCCGGAGGGGGAAGCGGUCGGAGGAGACGCGGACCCCCUGGCCGAGGCCGAGAAGAUGACGGGCCUCCUCAACGACAGCUUCGGCGAUGCAACCUUUCAGGCCACGCAGAGCCUGUUUGCGAAAAACGGCUUCUGGCGCGACCACCUAGCCCUGUCGUGGAGCUUCCGCACGGUGCAGGGACGCGCCAAGAUCGGCGAGUUCCUGACGGAAUGCGCGCGGUCGAGGGACGGCUUGCGCAUCAAGCACGUGGCCGUCGACGCCGGGAGCGCGGCCCGGCAACCGGCCGUGGCUCCGCUCGACGGCGAGGGCCGGGUCGCGGGCAUCACGGCGUUCUUGUCCGUCGAGACGGUGCUCGGCGGCGCCGAGGGACUGAUGCGGCUCGCCCGCGAGGACGGGCAGUGGAAGAUAUUCACCAUGUACACCAGUCUGCGGUCGCUCAAGGGCCACACUGAGGGCACCUUUUCGCACCGCCCGCUCGGCGUCUUGCACGGCGCCCAGCCCGGGCGGCGCAACUGGGCCGAGGCCCGGGCCGCGGCGGCCGCCUACGGCGACGGAAGCGAGCCGGCCGUGCUGAUUAUAGACACGGCGACGUGCCCAGGCGCCGGGCAAGCUGGGCUGACGGCGGCGGCCAGACUCAAGGCGCUCGGCGUCGACGCCCUCGUCGUCGACCGCAACGACCGCAUCGGCGACAACUGGCGCCGGCGCUACCACCACCUCGUCCUCCACGACCCCGUCUGGUACGACCACCUGCCGUACCUGAGCUUCCCGCCGCAGUGGCCCGUCUUCACGCCCAAGGACAAGCUGGCCCAGUGGUUCGAGGCCUACGCCGCCGCCAUGGAGCUCAACGUGUGGACGAGGGCGCGGCUGGCGGGGGCGUCUUGGGACGACGCCCAGAAGCGCUGGACGGUGCAUGUCGAGCGCGAGUCGGCGGCAGACGGCUCCGUCGAGCGGCGGACCCUGCACCCGCGCCACAUCAUCCAGGCAACCGGCCACUCGGGCGAGAAGAGCGAGCCGGCCAUCAAGGGCACGGACGCCUUCCGGGGAGACCGCAUCUGCCACUCGUCCGAGUUCCCGGGCGCGCGGCCCGUCGCCCCCGGGGCCGGCGGCAGGACGGCCGUGGUCGUCGGCGGCUGCAACUCGGCCCUCGACAUUGCGCAGGACUUCGCCGAGAAGGGCUACGACGUGACGGUCGUGCAGCGGUCCAGCACGCUCGUCGUCUCGUCGCGUGCCGUGACCGACAUCGCCCUCGGGGGGCUCUACUCGGAGGGCGGACCGCCCGUCGAGGACGCCGACCUGCUGGUCCAGAGCAUGCCCAACAGCGUGCUCAAGGCGCUCCAGGUCAAGGUCGCCGAGGCCCAGCGCCGGCACGACAGGGACAUGCUGCAGGGGCUGGCGGGGGCCGGGUUCAAGCUCGACGACGGGCCCGACGGCGCCGGCUUGUUCUUCAAGUACUUCCAGAGGGGAGGGGGCUACUACAUCGACGUCGGCGCGGCGCGGCUCAUCGCCGAGGGCAGCAUCAAGGUCAAGCAGGGCGUCGAGGUUGCCGAGAUACUCCCCGACGGUCUCCGGCUCAGCGACCAGUCGCGGCUCAAGGCCGACGAGAUCGUCCUGGCCACGGGCUUCCGGAGCAUGAGGUCGCACGCGAGGCAGAUGUUUGGCGACGCCGUCGCGGACAAGGUGCACGACGUCUGGGGGCUCAACGAGGAGGGCGAGUGGCGGACCAUGUGGCAGCGCAGCGGCUAUCCGGGCUUCUGGUUUCACGGCGGCAAUCUCGGCCUCUGCCGCUAUUACUCCCUGCUGCUGGCGCUGCAGAUCAAGGCCAUGGAGGAGCACCUUUACGACUACGACGAGAACUAG